GUCAACGUGUACUGCAAUGCCCGUUGCUGCCCGUACGGGGGCAAGUGCGGCAACGGCUUGGAGGAGUCAAGCAAGAUCUUCCUCGACCGCAACUUCCGCACCCAGCAGCUCGGUGUUGUCGCUGCCGAGGACAUCAGCGCCGGUGAGGUGCUCGGCCAGUACCUAGGCGAGAUCGAGCACGUCAGCGUAUCUCGAGCCAACCGCCCACGCAACAACGGCUACCGUCUCCUGAUGAAGCAGCGGCCCGAGAAGCCGACGUACCCGAUCUGCGCUGCGAUUAAUGCUGCAGGGAUGGGAGGACUGAUGCGCUUCCUGAAUCACUCGUGCGAGUCUGCAGCAGAGUUCAGGGAGGUGUCGAACGGGCAUCGAACGACGGUGGUCGCGGCGACGACGCGGCGCAUCUACCGUGGCGAGGAGGUGACCAUCGACUACGGUGACGACCUCUGGUUCGUCUGCCGUUGCGAGCGAGACGGCUGUCGCCACCGCAACAUCCAAGACGAAGAAGACCCGUGA